AUUAACGCUGUAUGCCUUAGGGAGCUCUGUCUUUAUGUGUCCUGUGGAGCAGGGACAUCUUUACUGUAUGUUUUUAACGGCACCUAGCAAAUAAAUAACACAACAGUAGAGGGGACACGGACACAAGUGUGGAACCUCCCUGCCGACGGGAGGGAUGUUGCUAAUGCACAAGGCAAGAGUGUAAAUUGUGUGUCUGCACUGCCACCCAGUCACCCUGUGGUUUCCUUGGGGGAUCUUUCACUGGCGCCUCAUUCUGCAGCAGUGUUUGAACGGAGAGAGAAAGAGCUGGGAUUCGGACUGUCAAGCAUUUACCCAAUCGAAAGGUGGUUGGGAGGAAAUUUACAUUUGGCAACAAGUCUCGGCGCCUUACUGGAAAAGCGCAGAAGAAGUAGCAGCGCUUUGUAACUCAGCCAACACUGAAAAGGGAGCAACGCCUCAGGGACAGCACCAGGAGACAAAGCUUACCAGAAGCUAAAGAAAUGGAGAAUGGGACGGAUCCCGUCUGCAUUGCAAAUGAGCCUCCGUUCUCUCACAAAAUUAUCGGAAGCCUUGAUCUAACAGGUAUAUUUCUCUUUGCCAUCUUGACUCUAAUGACACUAAUAGCCAACCUGGUGUUUGUAGAGGAAGUGUUCUAUAUCUACAAGAAAACCCCCUCCUCUAAAAGGACGAUUUUUAUUUGGAUAAAUGCAGCAGCUCCGGUGAUAGCUACUACAUCAUGCACUGGGAUGUGGAUUCCUCGCUCAACAAUGUUUACAGAUUUCACUGCAGCAGUUUUUUUUGCCAUUGUGAUCCACAAGUUCUUGCUGAUGAUGAUUGAAGAGUGUGGAGGUCAAAAGUUAUUUCUCAGGAGAUUUGAAAAUGAUCGUUUCAAGAUCAGCACAGGUCCCUGCUGUUGCUGUUGCCUUUGCCUCCCUUAUGUACACAUCACUAGACGAACCCUGUUUCUGCUGAAGUUGGGGACCUUUCAGCUUGCUUUCCUUCGACCUGUGCUAAUGUUUCUGUCAAUAGUGCUUUGGAUCAAUGGAAACUACAGCCCUUUUGAUUUAACCCCUAAUGGAGCUGCAAUAUGGAUUAACUGCUUUGUUGGUGUCCUUACAAUCAUUGCUCUGUGGCCAAUUGGAAUCAUGUUUCAACAAGUUCGAGUUCUUCUUAACUGUAAGAAGAUCAUCCCUAAGUUUGCACUUUAUGAGUUUGUCCUCAUUCUGAGCCAACUCCAGGGAGCCAUCAUCAAUAUCCUGGCUCUGCAAGGAAUUAUUCCCUGUGCACCACCUCUGGCUUCUUUCGCAAGAGGAGCGUAUAUGAACCAACAGCUUCUCAUAAUGGAAAUGUUUCUGAUAACACUGAUCUCAAGGGUGGUGUAUAGGAAAAGAUAUGAUGAUCUGGAACUUCCAGGGUGCACUGACCAGGAAACUAGCAACAGCAAACAGAACACCAAGAUCAAUCUAAAUGGCAAAGUUAUUGAAGAUGGAACCCACAAUGUUUAGAAGAUGGAUGGAUGUGCUGUCUUGUGAGAGCUGGGACAAUACUUGUAGCCCAACACAGCUUGCCCAUGGCAAGAUCCUGACUAAUGUAUAUGCUUUACUUGAGGAGACGUCCAUUACAACUUUUAUAUCCUUAUACUGCAAACAGCAGAUAUUCAAACAGGAACAGCUUCUGGUAUAAAUUCAUUUGACCUGGACAGAAAGGUCCAAAAAGUGGGAGGAUAAACCUCCUUAUUUUCAGAGAGAUAUACACAGAGUGAGAGAUUUCAGUGUCCAUAUAAUUUCAUGCAGUUGUCAGACAGUUUGGGUCCCAUCAGCUUGUUUGAACCCUGCAGUGUAAAUGUGAAGUGAUAUAAUACUGUAUUGCACACAUUACAGUGUUUAUACAAUGCAGCAACACUGGAGACUCACUCUCUUUUUUGUUUUUUCCUCAUUUCAUGUAGCCACCUCCGUGUUUGGAGCUCGCUCCCUGGUCCAACACCUCAGGUGCCCACCCUCUCUUUAUUCAAAUCCCUCUUCAAAACUCUCACUCUUCUCACCAAGCCCGAAACAGCUACCAUACCUCAGUAAAUAUAUCCUCUCAAACCCCACCACAUCCUGCAUGCAAUAUCCACCUCAACAGAUGAUAAGCUCUUUGGGUGAGGGCUGUCACUUUUUCCUGUCUUUUUUUUAUACCAGUGAUCCUCAAUCUUUCCAAAAAAGCAACAGAGGGUCUGUUAGUCUUAAAGGUGCCACAGGACCCUCUGUUGCUUUUUACAGAUUCAGACUAACACGGCUACCCCUCUGAUACUUCAAUCUUUCCAGACUACUGUACCCCUUUCAGGAGUCUGAUUUGUCUUGCAUAUCCCAAGUUUCAUCUCACUUAAAAUUAUUUGCUUGCGAUACUAGACAUACAAAUACAGAAGUGUAACAGCACACUAUUACUGAAAAAUUGCUUACUUUCUCAUUUGUCUGUAUAAAAUUUAAGUUUGGACUGACCUUGCUAUUGCUUUUUAUGUAGCCAGUUGUAAAACUAGGCAGAUACCUGGAUGAUUUGAUGUACCCCUUGCAAAACCUCUGUGUACCCUCAGGGGUAAGCGUGUCCCUGGUUGAGAACCACUGUUUUAUACCAGUAAGAACACAGUAACCAUUCAUGACUAUUUAAUAAUAGCUACCAAUAGUCCUCCCCAUGGGAGGCAGUGUGAUCCAAUGGAUCAGGCAUGGGACUGGGAGGCAGGAGAGGUGGGUUAUGUUCUGUGCUCUGCCACUGACCUGCUGUGCCUUAGUAUCCCCAUCUGUAAAAUGGGGAUAAUGAUACUUAACUAUCUUUGUGAAGCGCUUUGAGAUAAUGUAUACAAUUUUUUUCUAUAAGGCUAAGUAUUUUUAUUAAAAGGAAUCAUUUUCAAAGAAUUGCUCCCCUCUCGCCCCCCAAUCCUGAGCCAUCCUGAAGCCCACUAGGGACAGGGGUUCUCAAACUUGUUUUGCUGGGCCUCCCUUUGAAAAUAUUUCAAGCUCUGAUGUCCCUCCCCCCCAUACCAUGCCAUCCUUAUUUCUGCACUGCUGCUUACUUCAGAGCAAGGCACUUUGCCAGCAGAUGCCACCCUCAUGACCGACCACAAUAGUCUUGUGACCCCCUUUUGGGUCGGGACCCCCAGUUUAAGAAACACUGCACUAAGACUUAGACUGUUUUUAGACUUGUUGGUACAAACACUGCCAUCAUUGACACCCAUUGGUUAGCCUCAUUUCAAUGAAUUUCCAUCUAUUUUAAGGGGUCCCUGGAAAUCCAGUGUUCUUGGAGGAGGCUAAUUGCUCCAUUUUGGUUCGAUAUAACUUCGAUGUAAUGUUUAGUAAGCUGUCAGGAGUUGAGUGUGUUGAGUGUGUUCUGGCUUCUCUAGUUCACACUGGGCAUUGAUGCUUUGGCCAUAUGUACACUAGGAAAAUGUGUCUGUUUUAAAUACAUGAUAUCAGAUAUGACUUAGCUUCUAGAUUCUCCCUCUAAGGUUAAUCAUGACCAGCUUACACCUUUUAAACACGGUUGUACUUGUCCAUGCUAUGUACCAAAGCAUGUUUAACAUCUUGUUAUUUAACGCGUUUUCUAACAUGAUGUAUUUUCCAAGUGUAGACAAGGCCAUAGAUACUUAACCACAGCAAUUAGCAUGGUUACUCCAUAGUUGUAAUCUAAUACCUAUCCACAUAAAAUGGCAUUUGCUAGUGUUUUAUAAUGGCUGGCUGUGACUUCAUGGGAUCCCACAUGGGGAAAAUAGACUAUUUAGAGCCAACAAGUCUUCUCAUGAAUUGGGGUUGGAAACAGUUUAAUUGCUAGUGCAAAUGGGACAAAAUCAUUUUCAAAAGUCAUGCUUUUUCUCUAAUGAGGUUGAAAAUUGUUUUGUUCCAUACAUUAAAUUAAAUGGCUUUCAGCAUUGCUUCACUGGGACCUGUUGCUAAUAAUUGAUCAAUUUCCUAGUAUAUAUGGGGAUUUAGAACUCAAAUCAAGUGUUGGGAACAGGCAUGGAGACUGAAUUACUUGGAUCUUCCCACACACAGUUAAAGGUGUGUCAUCUGGGCAAAGCAAGAAGCCUCUUCUGAUACUGCCUCUGAUUAACCUAUUCUGUGGAGAGAAGGCUUCAUUUUCCAUCACUGUCAACCGAGCAUUUGUCACAAUCACAUAUCUGAAAUGCUCAUUAAAAUAGAUUUAUAUUUUAAAAUCAAUGUGAGCUUAGUUUAACCAUGAGAGUCUCUUUAGCUAUUAUGCUUUUAGAGUAGAUUUUUAAUACUUCUACUAUUAUUCAUGUGUCAUAUUUGAGCAAUAGAAAGAUGAAGUGGAUAAGCUAAUAUCUUUUAUUGGGCCAACUUCUGUUUGUGAGAGAGACAAGCUUUCGAUCCACACGGAGCUCUUCUUUAGGUUUGGGAAAGGUACUCCAGCAUCACAGCUAAAUGCAAGGUGGAACAGACUCUUGAGCAUCAGUAGUUAGCAUAUACUCUAAGGGACCAUUCAAGGUAGGACUGACACAACUACAACUACAUUGCAUAUUUGAGCAAUGAAAUUUACAGUUUAGGUAUUGAUUAGCAAGUGGAUUAAGUGGACUUUUGCGCUGUCAGCUAAGAAGACAGAUUUCCACUGAAAUCAGUUGAAGUUAGGAACCUAAAUACCGUUGAGGAUCUGGGCCCAAGGCCCCAAUUCAGAAAAGCAUUUAUGCAUAUGCUUAUGUAUAACCCUAAUUAGGUCAGAACAGGACUUGCGUAAUUUUAAGUAUGUGUUUAAGUAUUUUCCUGAAUAGGAAUGCUUUCCUGAACCAGAGCCAAAAUGAUCAUGAAAGUGGUAGAAUGUAUCAAUUUUGUUGUUCUUAAUGUUUUAUUUUAAUUAUCCAAAAAUAAAACAUGACAAUGUUUUCUACUU